AUGUCGAACACAGACAAGUCUGGACAGAAGCGGUGGCAGUUCAUCGACUCGUCCAAGGAUAAUGCGGACAAUUUGACCCGAGUCAAGCGCCAUGUCAUGCAGGAGUAUAUGCGCCAGAAGCGUCUCGAAGCCCAGCGGCGAGAGGGCAUGACAGAGAGCAGCGGUGAUGAUGGGCGGAAGUCACAGACCAGGAAGCGCCAAAGACCAAGGAGGACGCAGACAGCAAAGUCCUCCAGCUCGACGACAAGCGGGGAAACCAGCAGGCGAAUUGCGGUGAAGAAAGAAUCGCGCGAAGGCACGGAGGACGAGGCGGAGGAAGUCGUGCGGUUCAGUCUCUCCAAGGAAGCAUCGCCGCUGCAGACGAUGCUCAGUGCCGCUCGAACAGAUCCAUUCGACACGCUGCCACUGCGGCUGAGCCCAGAAGACCAGCAUCUUUUUGAUUUCUAUGUGAACGAGAUGCCCGCGUGCUCCUAUGGAAGCCACUUUCGGACGAAGAAGGCGCACAACUGGUACACGGAGGUCUUUGUGCCCGAGGCGAUGAAAGGCGCCCUCACUUUCGUCAACACGAUUCUCGUCCACGCCGCAAACACGUGGGCCUGGGUGCACAACCAGACAGAGACCACGAGCACUCUGUUGCAUCGACAGCGGGCAAUCUCCAUGCUGAAAAACCAUAUGAACAAGUUCCCCCAUGAUAUCUCGGAUAACGCCAUCACUGCCUGCAUGAGUGCCGCCGCGCUGGAGGACUUUGAUCCUCGACCAGAACGCAAGAAGAUCAGCUGGAUACACAUGCGACAGGCUCAACGGAUGAUUCGAGAUCGAGGAGGACCAGCUGCGUUCGAGAACACGAAGCUGGCGAUGCUGAUCAACUGGCAGGACUACAUCCUGGCGGGUUACGAGACCAACGGACCCAGCUUUUACUACGAGCACAACCCAUCCUUCCCCCGACUAGCUGGGGACGUCAUUCCUGCUCUCUCUUCUGCUGCGUCGUUUGUCUCCUCCUUGCCAUCUCCACCAAAUUCGACCUCUUCUGUCUCUCCUGGUCGCACUCGCACUCCAUCUCCCUGUUCACGAUCCGCCGUCCGCCACAGUCGUUUCCCACUCUUACCCGAGCAGGAAGUACGACUGCAGUGCGAGGAGUUCAUCGACUUCCUCAACCGCUGCGAGCAGCUCGCACAGCGUCAAAGGGGGUCUCUUCCAAAGAGCAGUGCACCCACGCGCCACUCGGUUUUUCAGGAAGGCUCCAUCCUGCACCGGAUCCUCGCAUCACCUCCGGGGCGACGCUUUACCGCGACAGGGAACCGGAAGCAGUUCAUUGCACGCCUCGCGUCGGCGAUGAUGAUCAAUGCCGCCCUCUGGGACUACCGCUCGUCAAUCCCACGGACAGAGGCCUUCCUGAAGAGUCUGGAGCAGAGGGUCCUGGACAGCGAAGUGGACAUGAGCGGGUCCGUCGAGGCCCUUCUUCAGAUCCUUCUCGCAUGCAAAGACGGCUUCGACGAGGAUGAAUCAUCCGUCAACAGUCCUUACUACUCACCUCCCGAGCUCCAUCAUGACGCUCCCGAUUUUUCGCAGUAUUCUGCAACGGCGACCUCGCCGUUCGCGAGACCUUGGUUUGUCGGCCGGAUGCUGAAGAUCGCGAAACGACUCAGUCUGGAGUCGUGGAUGCACGUCAACAGUCUCCUCUUUUCGUGCUUGACGCUCCAGAUCCAGCAGCCUGUCAUGCCCUCCUGGGAGAGUGAGCUGCGGCGCGAGAUUCUCGAAGCUCCGUUGACGAGCUACGUGAUGCGGUCAGUUAUUAGGGUAUGGAUAUCCAGGAGACGGAGAUCGAAAUUGAUGGACAGAGGUGUGAGGGCGUACAAAACGUACAGUACAAAAUGCUUCUACCGCUACGUAUUGUUUUCACUUUCUAAUACAAUGUCUACGCUUUAUACGUCUUCUUUUUUUUGCCCCUUUUUAUCUUUCCAGAAGUACGGAGUAUCUACUGUAUCUGUUCAACUUCGUCUUCGCUAA